UCUCUCUCUCUCUCUCUCUCACUGUAAACAAAAGCCAGCGAUCCAUCAUAACCGAAAGAGCGUUCUCUUCCACUGUCGCGUAGGCCUUAGUAUUAUAUAUACGGUGAUACGGUGUUGUUUCUGAAGUCCUGUGUCAACAAUUAAGAGUACUUCCACAGAAAAGACGUCGACUUCCAAUGAAUUCACUUCACAAUCGGUACAAAGACUGUUCAGUAGAGCAUCAUUUAUAACACGACAAAAAAGAUACCGAUGAAAUCAAGCCAGGCUGUCAGUUUCUGACAUGGAAGAUUUUUUUUUACUUGGGGAAGGUUGAAAUGACAUAAUUGACCUUGAGCUGUGAGGAAUACUGAAAAACAACUUAAAGCCCGGAAAAGGAAGAGGCUCUCAAAAAUAAACUCAUGAAGUAAAAUACUGCACUUCAAGGCUUAAACAGAAAAUGGACAUCAAGAUGUGGCGGAUUUUUUUCAUUGCUUUCUUUAUUAUUGGUACGGAAAGUGAGGUGGUUUUCCCUAGUGAUGAGUGUGACAUCUUUCAGCGAAAGUUUUGCCAAUGCUUCUCGACAAACAUCACUUGUGACUGCGAGGGACAAAGUAUGACACUUGAAGGGCCACAGCCAAACAUCAAAGACAAGAUCAUCGCCAUAAGUAACUGCAAACGUCUUUCCAUUCUCCCAGGAAGCCUGAGAAACGCGGGUCCUAUUCGAAUGAUCCUCAGCAACAUAAGUCAUCUUGAUUUAACGUCAUCCUCCUUCCAGAUGGAUUCAUUUGAUCAUCCAAGAAUCUAUCUAAGAAUCAUCAAUACUACAAUUGACAAAUUAGCAUCCAAUACAUUCACUACAGAAAAUAAAACAGUUGGGCCGGAAAUUCCAUUACUAAAGAUUUCCAUGGAAAACACAACCAUCAAUGUUUUGCAGGCAAAGACUUUUGGAAAUUUCGUUAUUGACUCGAUGUCAUUCAUCAAUUCAUCUGUAUCCAGCAUUUUUCGGUAUGCUAUCUUCAACGUCGUGAGAGACAAGCUGAAAAUCAUCAAUACAAAAUUCACCACUGUAGCUAAAAAUGCAAUAAACCUUCAAGGAUCUGCACACGAACUGCAUGUAGAAGGAAACAUUUUUAUAGAAAGCCUGCCUCUGUUCCUAAAUGGUACUAUUGGGAAAGAUGUUUACAUUAUUAAUAAUGUAUUUCCUGACCUUCAGCAAUCUCCUUGGAACCUUCUUGUCAACAACGAAGUAUACCUAAUUAACAAUACCUUCAAGAACAUUCCAACCAGAGGAUUAAAUGUAAAAGUAAAGAAGCGUAUAACACUGAAAAACAAUAUUGUCAAAAGACUUGAAGAAAAUGCACUCCAGUCCUUGAUGCCACUAAGCAGAUCAACAGAAAUUUUCUUCACUGGCAACACCCUUUUACAACAUGAUUUCAAGUCACUGUGUUUAAGUGAGGAGUUUGACAUAGAUAAUGUGUAUAUAAGGAAUAAUUUAUUUCAACAAGACUGUUCCUGUAACUUCACCACUGAGAUUGCAACUGGUCUUGGGGAAAGAAAUGCAACACUUGAGGUUCUUUAUGAAGAUAAGGUUCAUCAACAAUGGCUACUACAGAACAAAUGCAUUCUUCAUGGAAUUAGGGUUUCAAUUGACUCAUACCUAGUACAAUCGUGUCUAAAAACUACCAAGAUGACUUCUGUAUUAGUGAUAUCAUCUGUUGCUAUAUUUUUCACAGUGACAAUUUCUGUCAUUGUAGUAUGGCGUUGUGUUAAGCACAAGAGGUUCAUCCAAACUUCUGAUGCUGAUUACCAGUCAUUCAGUGUUCCAGCUCCAUCAAGUAUGGGACAAACACCAUGGUCACUAGUCCAGCCUGACCCCCGUACAUAUCAAGAAGUAGAAAUCCACAUACUUUUCCAGAAAGCAGAAGAAAUUCAGGAUCCUGAAGAACAAGAUGGUGAUGAAAAGACACAAAGUGACUUAAAUGACAGAGGCAUAAAAGACAGACUUAACAGUAACAAAAUGAAUGCUGACCCUUCAAUGCCAAAUGACAGUCAAACAGCACGCUCAAAAGAUCUGACAGAGCACUCAAAAUAUCAAAAGGAUACAGACACCCUAGAAAAAAAUUCUCAGGUUCGACAAUCUUGUCCUGCCUUCUCUUAAAUAUUUUUCAAAAUGAAAAGUAACCCAGAUAAAUAGUAUUCUAGUAAAGAAGUGUUUGUAGGCAUUAACAAGAACAAUUUUCUUUCUAUGAAACAAUUGUUUUAUCGUUUUAUUCUUUGUUUUUCACAUUAGAGAAUCUUAAUGAUAAGUUAUAAAUAAUCUUACAAAAAGAUUGUGCAUU